AGAAUUCGCGGCGGCAAAAGUGAAAAAUUCAGUUUUUUUGGAAGCAAUUUAAUGAUCAUCGGAGUUUUCCGCUAGCUUUUUUGUUGUUUUGAUUUAACCAAAUUUCCAGAAAAUCACCAGGAAGCUCCAUUUCCCGUCUACGCAAGGUAUCGAAAGAAUUCCCCUUCACCAAGUGCUCUACCCAAACUACGCCUUGGUAUGAUGAUAAUAGCUAUGAUAAUUCGAUCCGAAAUCACUGGAUAGCCCGCAUCGUAGUCUACAUUUUCGUGGGUGUUUAUUUCCUGAAAUCGCGCAAACGAUGGCAACGAAGAAGGGAACCGAAAACCAGCCGACCAAGGGCGAGUCAAUGAAAACUCUGAAUAACGCCUUCCAUAAGUAUGGCCCGGACCAUCCCAGUGAAAUCCUGAAGCAUUACAAACCGGAAGACCCAGCAAAGUUUGUGCAGUUUGUGAACGAUUUUGCCCUGCGCUCCGAAAAGUGCGAGUUGGAUAAGCUAUCAAAUACGCCCGAGUUUAUACAGUGCGUCUCUUGGAGCGAACUGCUGGACUCGAAGGGAUUUCGCGAAACGUGUAAUAACGAACUCCCUUUGGCUUUGAGAUCGUUAGCCUACACGGAAAAGUUCCCCAAGCCAGAAAAUGCUCAUGGGGUUGACUUUCAGCUGCUCUAUCUUAAUCUGUCGUAUAUGAUGAUGGGACAGCCGAUACAAACGAUGAACCAGGCUACGAGGAAAUUCUUAAAACAGGUUUACGAGGAAACGGUACUGCAACGCACUAAAUCCGAGUACCGGACGGAACUGUUAUGGUUGCAGGAAAAACUGAAAACACUUCGGUUGCCGAUGAAAUCGAAACGGAAAACAUUAAUUAUGAAGGAUUUGAAGCUAUUUUUUGCGGAUCCGAACAUAAACCCGCUGGAGCUACCGGUAGAAAAGAUAUGCUUUACACAUCCGAAAUAAGGUAUUUAGUUUUUAAUGAAAAUUGGUUUCUCAAAUACACGUACGAGAUGCUAGCUUAUGGAUC